AUUUAACUUGCGGUUUCUUCUUCAUCGUCGUCCUCCUCAAAACCCUAGCGACACCGGGCGGAGCCGCCGCCGCCGCGAUGCCGAGCAAGAAGCGGCCGCGGCCGCGGCCGCGGCGGCGGGGGGUGGGCCAGCCCCCGGCGAUGCACCCCCGCAACAGGUACACGGAGUCGCCCCCGGACUUCGCCCUUCUCGCCUCCCUCUACCCCUCCCUCCGCCCCUUCGUCUCCUCCCCCUCCUCCUCCUCCUCCUCCUCGUCCCGGGCCUCCAUCGACUGGACCGACCCCGCCGCCACCCGCGAGCUCAGCCGCGUCCUCCUCCUCCACGACCAUGGCGUCCACUGGUGGAUACCUGAUGGGCAGUUAUGUCCCACCGUGCCGAACCGAUCUAACUACAUCCACUGGAUCGAGGAUCUCCUUGCCUCUGAUCUCAUCCCAGAGAGCUCGGUCUCGGAUGGUAGGGUUAGGGGAUUUGAUAUUGGGACCGGAGCCAAUUGUAUUUACCCGCUCUUAGGUGCAUCUUUGCUCGGUUGGAGCUUUGUUGGAUCAGAUGUGACUGAUGUGGCUCUCGAAUGGGCUAAGAGGAAUGUGGAGAGCAAUCCUCAUCUUGCAGAACUAAUCGAAGUCAGAAAUGCGAAUGAUUCAUCUUCUUCUGUCAUAGACAACACUGAAUCACUGGAGUUGGAAUCGAAGAAGGAUUGCUAUUGUGGGCCACCUAUCCUUCUGGGUGUUGUCAAAGAUGGUGAAAGUUUCGACUUUUGCAUGUGCAAUCCUCCAUUUUUUGAGAGCAUAGAAGUAGCAGGACUUAACCCAAAGACUUCAUGUGGGGGAACUGCUGCUGAGAUGGUUUGCUCUGGUGGAGAGCGGGCUUUCAUCACUCGAAUCAUCAAAGAUAGUGUUUCUUUAAAGCAUUCUUUCAGGUGGUUUACAUCAAUGGUUGGGAGGAAAGUGAACUUAAAAUUCUUAGUGUCGAAAGCUCAUGAAGUUGGGGCCUCCGUUGUAAAGACUACAGAAUUUGUUCAAGGCCAAACGGCUCGAUGGGGUCUUGCAUGGUCUUUUCUCCCUCCAACCAAAAAGUUUAUUGCAGCAAGUGCACAAGUGAAGAAUCAUAGUUCUUUCAUGCUUGAGGGCCUCCAACGCCAGAUUGGUGCAUUUCAAAUAUUGAAGUCAGUGGAGUCCUUUUUCAUAGCUAUUGGUGCGUCUUGUAAAUCUGAUUUGUCGACAUUUUGUGUUAAUGUCACAAUAUCAGAUGAGCAGACUUGUAAUCUUUCUAACAGUGAUGUAUCAAACAAAUCAGAUUGCGCAACUAAUGGAAUCUCCUUCCGAGUUUCAGUAUUUGAGCAAAUUCCUGGCACACUUCUAGUGAAAGGAUCAUCACUGCAGAAAGAGAAUUUACCUUCUGGAUUAUUCUCGUCAUUGUUCUCACAAUUGGAGGAAGCUUUAAAGACGGAGUUUGUCCAUAAGUCCCCUUGAAACUGAAUCAGCGGAACUACCGUCGGACGCGGAUUAGUUUUGUAGAUGAGAGUCGCAAUGUAAUACAGCCUUUUUGUUUUGUACAUAUGUCUUAUUGUAAAAGAUUUCAAUUGUAGCGGCGACCGUGCUAUUUAAAUGGUAUUCAAACAUUUCCAAUAGAAGAUUUGGUCUUAAACGGUAAA